AUGGGUCGAUACAGCGGGAAAAAAUGCCGACUCAUCACCAUGUUUUGGCUGACGACGUUUUUCUUUUUGGUGGAGAUCAUCGUCGGCUAUAUAACCAACUCGAUGGCCCUUGUCGCGGACAGCUUUCACAUGCUCAGCGACGUCGCGGCGUUGGUGGUCGCAUAUUUAUCGGUUAAAAUGUCACCAAAAAAAUGGUCAAAAAACACAUUUGGAUGGGCUAGAGCUGAAGUACUUGGAGCACUAGUAAAUGCUGUGUUUUUAGUAGCUUUGUGUUUUUCAAUUACUGUUGAAGCUUGUAAGAGGUUUAUUGAAGUAGAGACCAUUCACAAUCCUAAAUUAAUUGUUGUGGUUGGAAUUUUGGGAUUAUUUGUCAAUAUUUUGGGUUUAUUUUUGUUCCAUGCUCAUGGUGGAGGAGGACAUGGUCAUUCACAUGGUGGUAUAUCUCGCAGCCACACGCGACUAACUCAAUUAGUAAGCGCUGGAGCAAGUGCCAAUGCUACUGAUGAUAAUGAUAAUGAUCAUCGUUUCAAUGUACCACUUAAUCACACUCAUGAAUCUUCUGCUGGUCAUAUGAAUAUGCGAGGUGUAUUUUUACAUCUUCUGGCUGAUGCAUUAGGUUCAGUCAUUGUAAUUGUAUCAGCUUUGAUUGUGUGGUUGACCGAUUGGAAAUACCGUGAUUACAUUGAUCCUGCUUUGAGUUUGUUAAUGGUUAUAAUUAUCUUACACUCAGUAUGGCCAUUGUUACAAGAGUCUGCACUUAUACUACUUCAGACUGUCCCCACUCAUAUUCAAGUAGAUGCCAUCCAGAAACGACUUUUAGACAGAGUGGAUGGAGUUUUAGCUGUACAUGAGUUCCAUGUGUGGCAAUUAGCUGGAGAUAGAAUCAUAGCAUCUGCACAUAUAAGGUGUAGGAACUUGCCAGAAUAUAUGAAGUUAGCAGAAAAAGUUAAAGAAUUUUUCCAUAAUGAAGGUAUUCAUUCAACUACCAUCCAGCCUGAAUUUGUGGAAGUUGAAAUAACAGAAAAUAGGAACGAAAACCAAACUCCUACUGAAGACUGCGUAUUAGAUUGUCCUAAAACUGACAUACAGUGUCAAUUGCAAACAUGUUGCGGCCCGUCAAAGCAGGGUCGCGACACACCAUCUCCUGUUGACACACCAUAUUUGUGCCGACAACGUAAUACAACUUCUGUUACUAUUGACGCCACCAACAAUUUACAGACUGUCAAUACUCAAGAGAGUGAAAUGGAAAGUGGUGCACUAUUGGGUGAUAGAAUUAACAAUUGUCGUACUUCUGCAGGAGGAUUUAUCACUGGUGGAUAG